AUGGCCUCAACCACGGCAGCCGCCCAGGAAAAACCUAAACAGAGACCCUCUGCGCUGCGCAGCAUCAUCGCAGGGAGCACCGCCGGCGCCGUCGAAAUCGCCAUCACGUACCCGUUUGAAUUUGCAAAGACCCGGACGCAGCUGAAUAGAAGAUUGCCCGAGAGUGGGAAACUUCCAUGGCCGAAAUUUGGGAGCGCGUGGUAUGCGGGGUGUACGACGUUGAUUAUUGGGAAUUCGUUGAAGGCGGGGAUUAGAUUCGUCGCAUUCGAUCAAUAUAAAGCACUACUCCAAAACGCCGAUGGAAAGAUUUCCGGGCCCAGAACUGUAAUUGCUGGAUUUGGAGCUGGUGUUACGGAGAGUUUAUUAGCAGUCACGCCUUUCGAGAGUAUCAAAACUACUUUAAUCGACGACCGCAAAUCCGCCAAACCCCGUCUUCGAGGCUUUCUCCACGCCGUCCCCAUCAUCGCCCGCGAAAGAGGCCUGCGCGGAUUCUUCCAAGGCUUCGUCCCCACCACCGCCCGUCAAUCUGCCAAUUCCGCUGUCCGCUUCGGCUCCUACACUUCGCUGCGUCAGCUCGCACAAUCCUAUACCGCGCCCGGGGAAAAACUGGGCGCUUUGUCUACCUUUGGAAUCGGGGGAUUGGCAGGUAUCAUCACGGUUUAUGUGACGCAGCCGCUUGAUACGGUGAAGACGCGCAUGCAGAGUAUAGAGGCGAGAACGCUGUACAAGAAUAGUUUCCACUGCGCGAGCUUGAUUGCGAAGAACGAGGGCCUGUUUACGUUUUGGAGUGGGGCUUUGCCGAGAUUGGGCAGGUUGAUUUUGAGUGGUGGGAUCGUGUUUACGAUGUAUGAACAGAGUAUUGAGUUGAUGGGGAGAGUGGAUCCGAAUGGUAGAUAUAUUUAG